AUGAGGCUCGUAGAAGUUCUUUUCCCGCCAGAGGCCUUAAACCCCAGGGAAGCCAACCUCUUCCCAAGUAACCCCAGGGGAGCCAACCUCUCCCCAAGUAACCCCAGGGGAGCCAACCUCUCCCCAAGUAACCCCAGGGGAGCCAACCUCUCCCCAAGUAACCCCAGGGGAGCCAACCUCUCCCCAUGUAACCCCAGGGGAGCCAACCUCUCCCCAAGUAACCCCAGGGGAGCCAACCACUCCCCAAGUAACCCCAGGGGAGCCAACCUCUCCCCAAGUAACUCCAGGGGAGCCAACCUCUCCCCAAGUAACCCCAGGGGAGCCAACCACUCCCCAAGUAACCCCAGGGGAGCCAACCUCUCCCCAAGUAACUCCAGGGAAGCCAACCUCUUCCCAAGUAACUCCAGGGGAGCCAACCUCUCCCCAAGUAACUCCAGGGAGCCAACCUCUCCCCAAGUAGCAGAGACCAGAGGAAGGAGGGUCAAGAGACCAGAGGGAGGAGGGUCUAGAGACCAGAGGGAGGAGGGUCCAGAGACCAGAGGGAGGAGGGUCCAGAGACCAGAGGGAGGAGGGUCAAGAGACCAGAGGGAGGAGGGUCAAGGGACCAGAGGGAGGAGGGUCAAGAGACCAGAGGGAGGAGGGUCAAGAGACCAGAGGGAGGAGGGUCAAGAGACCAGAGGGAGGAGGGUCCAGAGACCAGAGGGAGGAGGGUCAAGAGACCAGAGGGAGGAGGGUCCAGAGACCAGAGGGAGGAGGGUCCAGAGACCAGAGGGAGGAGGGUCCAGAGACCAGAGGGAGGAGGGUCAAGAGACCAGAGGGAGGAGGGUCCAGAGACCAGAGGGAGGAGGGUCAAGAGACCAGAGGGAGGAGGGUCCAGAGACCAGAGGGAGGAGGGCCAAGAGACCAGAGGGAGGAGGGCCAAGAGACCAGAGGGAGGAGGGUCCAGAGACCAGAGGAAGGAGGGUCAAGAGACCAGAGGAAGGAGAGUCAAGAGACAAGAGGGAGGAGGGUCAAGAGACCAGAGGGAGGAGGGCCAAGAGACCAGAGGAGGAGGGUCAAGAGACCAGAGGGAGGAGGGUCCAGAGACCAGAGGAAGGAGGGUCAAGAGACCAGAGGGAGGAGGGUCCAGAGACCAGAGGGAGGAGGGUCAAGAGACCAGAGGGAGGAGGGUCAAGAGACCAGAGGGAGGAGGGUCCAGAGACCAGAGGGAGGAGGGUCAAGAGACCAGAGGGAGGAGGGUCCAGAGACCAGAGGAAGGAGGGUCCAGAGACCAGAGGGAGGAGGGUCCAGAGACCAGAGGGAGGAGGGUCAAGAGACCAGAGGGAGGAGGGUCCAGAGACCAGAGGGAGGAGGGUCAAGAGACCAGAGGAAGGAGGGUCAAGAGACCAGAGGGAGGAGGGUCAAGAGACCAGAGGGAGGAGGGUCAAGAGACCAGAGGGAGGAGGGUCAAGAGACCAGAGGGAGGAGGGUCAAGAGACCAGAGGGAGGAGGGUCCAGAGACCAGAGGGAGGAGGGUCAAGAGACCAGAGGGAGGAGGGUCCAGAGACCAGAGGGAGGAGGGUCAAGAGACCAGAGGAAGGAGGGUCCAGAGACCAGAGGGAGGAGGGUCAAGAGACAGAGGGAGGAGGGUCCAGAGACCAGAGGGAGGAGGGUCAAGAGACCAGAGGGAGGAGGGUCAAGAGACCAGAGGGAGGAGGGUCAAGAGACCAGAGGGAGGAGGGUCAAGAGACCAGAGGGAGGAGGGGCCAGAGACCAAGGAAGGAGGGUCAAGAGACCAGAGGGAGGAGGGUCCAGAGACCAAGGAAGGAGGGUCCAGAGACCAGAGGGAGGAGGGUCAAGAGACCAGAGGAAGGAGGGUCAAGAGACCAGAGGGAGGAGGGUCCAGAGACCAGAGGGAGGAGGGUCAAGAGACCAGAGGGAGGAGGGUCCAGAGACCAGAGGGAGGAGGGUCCAGAGACCAAGGAAGGAGGGUCCAGAGUGCUUGCAGAAUUGACCAAAAAUUCAGAGGAAUUAUGGAGAGUAGAGACGGAAGAUCAGAGAAAAGUUACAGUUGGAGGGAAUUUUUUCGUUGAUGUCUUGGAAGGCGGGUGUGGGGGAUUGAGGUCAGGUCCGUACGUGAUGAGCUUCCAGGCUCGCGAGGCAGGGCAAGAACAUCAGAAAUUGAUUCAGGCGGCUUCGUCUGUUGCUGGUUGCUGGGGGAUGAGAGAUCUCUUGUCUCGUCCACAACAGUGCCUACAGCGUCCACAACAGUACCUACAGCGUCCACAACAGUACCUACAGCGUCCACAACAGUACCUACAGCGUCCACAACAGUACCUACAGCGUCCACAACAGUACCUACAGCGUCCACAACAGUGCCUACAGCGUCCACAACAGUACCUACAGCGUCCACAACAGUACCUACAGCGUCCACAACAGUACCUACAGCGUCCACAACAGUACCUACAGCGUCCACAACAGUACCUACAGCGUCCACAACAGUGCCUACAGCGUCCACAACAGUACCUACAGCGUCCACAACAGUGCCUACAGCGUCCACAACAGUACCUACAGCGUCCACAACAGUGCCCCAGCGUCCACAACAGUGCCUACAGCGUCCACAACAGUGCCCCAGCGUCCACAACAGUGCCUACAGCGUCCACAACAGUGCCUACAGCGUCCACAACAGUGCCCCAGCGUCCACAACAGUGCCCCAGCGUCCACAACAGUGCCUACAGCGUCCACAACAGUGCCCCAGCGUCCACAACAGUGCCCCAGCGUCCACAACAGUGCCCCAGCGUCCACAACAGUACCUACAGCGUCCACAACAGUGCCUACAGCGUUCACAACAGUGCCUACAGCGUCCACAACAGUGCCCCAGCGUCCACAACAGUGCCCCAGCGUCCACAACAGUGCCUACAGCGUCCACAACAGUGCCCUAGCGUCCACAACAGUGCCCCAGCGUCCACAACAGUGCCCCAGCGUCCACAACAGUGCCCCAGCGUCCACAACAGUGCCCCAGCGUCCACAACAGUGCCCCAGCGUCCACAACAGUGCCUACAGCGUCCACAACAGUGCCCCAGCGUCCACAACAGUGCCCCAGCGUCCACAACAGUGCCCCAGCGUCCACAACAGUGCCCCAGCGUCCACAACAGUGCCCCAGCGUCCACAACACCUUCAAGAGUGCUAGGUUACCCUGCUUGA